CGUUACGAAGUGCGGCGGCAUGGCAUAGUAACGGAGAUGCACACCAAUGCGCGUCCACCAGAGUAGCCUUAUGGAGGAAGCGACAUCGCCAUACACAACACAUCAAGUGAAGUAGCCGUCUCCAGAGAAUAGGGCAAACCUCGCACCGGAUACUUUUGCUGUAUCUUUCCAUUUGGUAAAAUACUCUUCGAUGCUUCUCAGCGGAGAACAAGUGUCAGUUCAAAGUGUAGUUUUCGUAAGUCGUACAUCGCCGGUCGUGUCUCGCGCGUGUGUUUAUUCUUUCGCGAUCAACUUCGUUUCCCGGCUUUUUUCAAGUGACACAUUUUUCCUACUUGUGAAAUUUUCUUUAUUUUACUAAAUUACGCGAGUGUGAAAUUAUCUAAUAGUACUUAUCAGUGAUGUUGUUUUAAAACCAGUGCUCUGGACUUUUCUUAUUUUCAUUUUUUUCAUUUACAGAUACUCGCCACAAAACCUCAACAUGUCUUUACAAUCGUCAACAGCAUCACAGCCGAUAUCCGUCGAUCGACUGAGCAAUCAGAAUUGAAACACCAUCCAUAUCGUUCACGAUGUUGCAAAAAUUACGCCAUCAAUUAACUAAUUUAAAAACGAAAUUAAUAAAAUCGCGGAACAAAGUGAUCCGUGGACAAUUAUGUGAAGUGCCAUACUAUGAUAUUUUCGCUAAUUGCAAUAGGUACGGCCUUGAAAGCUGGUAUUAGUCUGGUAAGCGCCGGACUAUGGUUUAUGCCACUUUUGUUCGCCGGUUUAGCUUACUUCCAUUACGACGUUUACGACCCCGAAUCCCACCCCAUAGACCAAAAGCAACUCCGAAAGCAAUACGAUUUCAUCGUAGUAGGUGGCGGGUCGGCUGGAGCCGUCGUAGCCAGUCGACUUUCCGAAAUACCCCACUGGACUGUACUUUUACUAGAGGCCGGACCAGAUGAGAAUGAGAUUUCUGAUGUACCUUCGCUUUCCGCGUAUUUACAGCUUUCCAAAUUAGACUGGCAAUACAAAACCGAACCAACUGGUCAAGCAUGCCUCGGCAUGAAAGGUGGACGAUGCAACUGGCCAAGAGGAAAAGUAUUAGGCGGAUCGAGCGUUCUAAAUUACAUGUUGUACGUACGUGGAAAUCGGAAAGAUUACGAUCAUUGGGAAGAACUAGGUAAUCCAGGCUGGGGCUACGAUGACGUACUUCCUUAUUUCAAAAAAUCCGAAGACAACAGAAAUCCUUAUUUGGCACGUACCGAGUACCAUCAUAAAGGAGGAUAUCUUACGGUGCAGGAAUCACCGUGGCAUACGCCGUUAGUGGUCGCCUUCUUGGACGCUGGCAGGCAAAAUGGUUACCCGGUCCGCGACAUCAACGGUGCACACCAAACCGGCUUUAUGAUUGCUCAGGGAACAAUACGACGAGGAAGCAGAUGCAGUACCGCAAAGGCAUUCAUUCGACCGGUUCGUUUAAGACGUAAUUUGCAUGUGGCGCUGGAUUCGCACGUUACCAGAAUACUAAUAAAUCCAAAAACUAAACAAGCUUACGGAGUUCAAUUUGAGAGGCACGGCGUUAAACAAAUAGCAUUAGCCACAAGAGAGGUGAUCGUUUCGGCUGGCAGUAUAAAUAGUCCUCAACUUCUAAUGUUAUCCGGUAUAGGACCAGCGGAUCAUCUUCAACAAGUGGGCAUAAACGUAGUGCAAGAUUUACGAGUCGGAGAUAACCUUCAAGAUCACGUCGGAAUGACCGGAUUAACUUUCCUCGUAGAUAAACCUGUUUCAAUCGUACAAAAUCGUUUCCAGCCGAUCGCCAUCACAAUGCAAUACGUAAUGCGGGAACGAGGUCCUAUGACAACUCUGGGCGGCGUAGAAGGUCUGGCUUUUGUGCACACCAAAUAUGCCAACGUCAGCGACGAUUAUCCGGACAUACAAUUCCAUAUGGCUCCAGCUUCCAUCAACUCUGACGCAGGUGUCCAAGUACGUAAAAUCUUGGGCAUCACCGAACACCUUUACGAGACUGUAUUCCGGCCUAUUGACAAUAAAGAUGUUUGGACUUUGAUGCCUUUACUGCUACGUCCACGAUCUCGCGGAUGGAUACGACUACGUUCCAGAAAUCCGUUCCAUUAUCCGAUAAUCCAGGCUAAUUACUUCGCCGAUCGUCGAGACAUCGAUACUCUAGUCGAAGGUGUUAAAAUCGCCCUGCAGAUCAGCAAAUCGAACGCUUUUCGUCAAUUCAACUCGCGCCUACACCGUAUACAGAUACCAGGCUGUAGAAAAUACGGUUUCGAUAACGAUUUAUAUUGGGAAUGUGCCAUUAGACAUUUAACCAUGACUAUUUAUCAUCCGGUCGGGACAUGUAAAAUGGGUCCAGCCGGUGAUCCCACUGCUGUAGUCGAUCCGCGCCUCAAAGUCUACGGUAUAGGCAACCUAAGAGUCAUCGAUGCAUCGGUAAUGCCCACCAUUGCCAGCGGUAACACCAACGCUCCAACCAUCAUGAUAGCUGAAAAAGGAGCUGACAUGAUCAAAGAAGACUGGCUACGUCCAAAUCGUGAAAAACCGCCAGGAUUUUCUGGCCAACAUUUAUUAGUCGAUUCGUGAUGUUUUUCUUUCCAUAUUUUAUACCUACCUAUACCCAUGUAUUUAUAAUAACACACCCGCGUGUAUAAAUUUUAAUUAGCCAUGAAAAUUUUUAAACGUAUAGAUUUACGAGAGUUUCAUUUUCCUCGUAAUAAAUGUAGGUAAUAAUAUUGAAAGACGUAUUUUUAUAAUGUUUAAUUAUACGUGAAUGCGACUGAUUGUUUUAACGGUAAUUUUAGAAUUAUUUUACUUAUAUACCUACGUUAUAAAAAUGUACUAUUAUUUCGUAAUCACGUUUUCUCAAUCAGAGGCGACGCCAAGGGUUCGUAGAGUGGACAUGUUUCUACAAUAUUACAUAUUUGACUUAUGGCUAUGAUUAGACCGAACAGAAGCACAGCAAGGCGGAGACUGAAAAUAUAUAAUAAUUCAUCAAAUCGUAAAAAUUGUUUGGUUUUUUCGCCAAUUUCCAAAGUUAUUACCUUUUUUUAGAAAAUGAAGCGAAAAAUCAGGUGUAAAAACGUAGCAUUGAAUUGGAAAAAUUUGAAAAUCAACGCUUUUUACGUAAUAAGGAAAAUUGAAAUCUGUCCACAGUAACCUGCUUUCAAACAUUUAUGUACUUCCGUUAGUUUUUUUUUUUUUUUUUUUUUUUUUUUUUUGGGGUGUUUAUAAUUACAAGAUUAUUACACCCGUAAGGGGGGGGGGGUUAGAUUUGGUUUGUGAGGCCGAUGUUUUCUACUAGGGAGAUGAAUUUUUGUAUUUCUGAGGGAUCGUCAGGGAUAGUAGGUGGGUUUUCUUUUAUCUGUAGUGUAAGUCGUCUCCGCAUUUAAAUUCAAAUUUUCACGAUUUCGUGAAAAUGUUGAAAACAUUAUGAAAAUAAAUCUCAUACUUCUUUUCCUUCAUAAAUAGUUCUGUUCAAUCAAUGUCACCAUGACCUAACGAGACGAGCGUGGAUAUAGUGUUAUUCAUUCAUCAAGAAAAAAAUAUGAAGUCUCAACUCGAAUUUUGAAAAAUAAUUAAAAAUAUGCUGUGAUAUUACUCGUACCUAUAAUUUUUUAACCUCCUGAUGCUCUUGAAAGAAAUGCACCCUUUGGAAAUUGUUUUUUUCAAUAACAAACAGCAAAAAAAACAUGAUGCAGUAACAUGAUUUCACUCUUUUGUUUACCUGUGAUCAAAUACCUCAGUCGAUCGAAUCGAUCCUGAUAUCUCAAUUUAUUCUAAUCUAUUAUUUAAUUCUAUUUAUAACGAUGAUUUUUUUAUUUAUUUUUACAAAUAAAUGUUACCUUUACUUUUUA